GUCAAGGUUUGUUAUGGUUUUAAUGCAGGGCGAGAGGAUUUAAGCUUGGUCACAAGACAUUACAGAUUAAACACUGCACAGCGCAUGGGGAACAGCUGGGAGUAGCGUUACAGCUCGUUUUACAACCGUACGGGAAGUGACGAGCUACAAUGGCGUUCCCAACCCCACCGAUAGCGCCAGUGAGAAAUCCUGAAAUCAAGUUUACCAAGCUGUUUAUCAACAAUGAGUUUGUGGACUCUGUGAGCGGCAAGACGUUCCCGACCAUUAACCCAGUAAACGGAGAGAAAAUAGCAGACGUCCAGGAGGGCGACAAGGCUGAUGUCGACAAGGCAGUUGCUGCCGCCCAGAAGGCGCUGGAGUUCGGGUCUCCGUGGCAGAAGAUGGACGCCAGUCAGCGGGGUCGUCUGCUCAACAAACUCGCGAACCUCAUAGACAGGGACUGCGGAUAUUUGGCGAGUUUAGAGUGUGUCGACAACGGAAAACCUUACGCCGCAGCCUUCUUCGUUGACACCCAGGGAAGCAAUACCCUCCGAUACUACGCGGGCUGGGCCGACAAGAUAACGGGACAGACAAUCCCAGUGGAUGGGAAUUAUUUAUGUUACACGAAACACGAACCAGUGGGAGUGUGCGGUUCCAUUAUACCAUGGAACUUUCCAAUCCCGAUGUUGUUGUGGAAGAUUGCUCCAGCUCUGGCGUGUGGCAAUUCUGUGAUCGUGAAGCCCGCCGAGCAAACCCCGCUCACCGCUCUGUACAUAGCAUCUCUCGUUAAAGAGGCUGGUUUUCCGCCUGGCGUGGUAAACAUUAUCCCAGGCUAUGGGCCAACAGCCGGCGCCGCCAUUUCGUCACACCCUGACAUCAACAAAGUGGCUUUCACCGGGUCAGCGGAGGUCGGGCGCAUCGUUAUGGAAGCGGCGGCAAAGUCGAAUCUGAAACGCGUCACCCUCGAACUGGGCGGAAAGAGUCCCAGCGUCAUAUUUGCGGACACCAACCUGGAUGUAGCCGUGGAGCAGGCGCACCAGGCUCUGUUCUUCAACAACGGACAGGUGUGCGCCGCGGGGUCAAGGACGUAUGUCCAGGAACCGAUCUACGACGAGUUCGUCAAGCGCAGUGCGGAGAGAGCGAAACACAAGAAGGUCGGAGAUCCCUUCGAACACAGCAGCGAGCUUGGACCCGUGGUGGACGAAGAUCAGUUUCACAAGGUACUCAGUUUGAUUGACAGCGGAAUCAAAGAAGGCGCCAAACUGCAGUGCGGCGGAAAACGACUCGGCGAGAAAGGUUACUUCAUCCAACCCACCGUCUUUAGUGACGUCACUGAAGACAUGCGCAUCGGCAAAGAAGAGAUUUUUGGUCCUGUGCAGCAGAUAAUAAAAUUCAAGACACUCGAAGAAGCCAUAGAACGAGCCAACAAGACAGAUUAUGGUUUGGCGGCGGCCAUAUUUACCGAGAACAUCAAUACAAUGCUGGCAUUCACCAGCAGAGUUAAAGCAGGAACAAUCUGGGUAAAUGAUUACAACAUUGUACGCGACCAAGCCCCGUUUGGCGGUUUCAAACAGUCCGGAUUCGGUAGAGAGCUAGGAUCAUAUGCUCUACAUGAGUACACAGAAGUUAAAACUGUGUUCGUGAAAACACCAGCCAAAAUGUGAUCGCACCAGCAGAAAAGGAAAACAACAACAACAACAAAACACAGAGAAUAAAAUGAAGAACAAGAACAAAAGAGAAAGAGAAAACUUUACUCAAGUUGUGGAAAUGUCAUAGUUACAUUACAAACAUUUAACAUACAUAUAUAUUACCAACCUCUGUGGUGUCGUGGUUAAGCCAUCGGACUACAGGCUGGUAGAUACAGGGACAGUGUUUCUGCCAGCAGGGUAAAAGGGUAAAAUUACGUAUCCAAAAAUAAAUCUUUCCUUUUUUUUUGGCACCAUACAGUAUAACACUUUGGGGUUUUAAGUCUUCAACAAAGACUUGGAGAAACACUAUGUCCUUUGUUGAAACAAUACAUUCUCUUGAACAAAAAUAGAAAGUGGUGCACUGGCUGGAACGAGAAAUAGCCCAAUGGGCCCACUGACGCGGAUUGAUCCUAAACCGACCGCGCAUCAAGCGAGCACUUGACCACUGGGCUACAUCCCGCCCCCGGCUAUUGGAUGUCAGACGUGACGAUUCUGACACAGAAUCUUAAAGAAACCUUCAGCAGCAAGGAAUCGUUUAUAUAUGCACUUUCACGCAAACAACAUAUAAAUAAUAAUAAAUCAAUGUGCUCUAGUGAUGUUGUUAAACAAAACAAACUUUAAUUUUUACACAGACGGGACAGCACAUACCACAGCCUUUGGUAUACCACUUGUGGGGCAGUGAUUGGGGUGCACAAACAAAAUUGAGAGUGGGUCCACUGAUUGGAUUCGAUCCUUCGAACCAGGCACCUCAGGCGAUCGCUGUUCUGACAAAGCUAGAUUCCCCCCUCCCAUAUUAUACACGAAAUAUCACAUAUAAGAUAAUCAAUCAACGUUAACUGCACAUCAUAACCAUAAUUUGCAUAUUAUUCAAACGAGUCCGGUGUCAUUAAUAUCAUAUGUGGUAAACACAAUAUAAAUAUGUGUUAUUGCUAUGCCGCGAGAUUAAUGUGGUUUUCUGUGACGACAGCUGACGUGCGUGCGUGGCAGCGUGUGUCGACCUACCUUACAGAAAUAAAGGCAUGAUAUUAAAGCCACUGUCCUGAAUUUUCUGUCAUUGUAAUAUGUUCCAGAUCAAUGAAGCCGUUUUAACUAUUAAAUUGCAUGUAUAUCAUAAAUUCAUUUUCUUUUUUAGAAUAUCAGUGUAUGUAUGUAUAUCAGGCCCGGUGCUUAUAAAAAAAGGUAGAGUCUAGACUCGAAACUCUAAUAGAGUCUGAGAUGUGAACGUCAUGGCAACGCCAUACAAAUUGUACGCGUGUGACGUCAUUAGAGAUUGAGUCUGGACUCUAAAAGUUUUAAAAGCUCGGGUCCGGGUGUGUUUCGGUCGUCCUAUGUUUGUAAUAAUCAUAAACUGGAUUUUUGUCCUCUCCAUAAUUUUGUAUGUGCGAAAAUAAAUUGUCACCAAAUAAAAUAAA